GCAGCGGAGCUUUGAAUAGGGAAGUUUUGCAGGGGUUACGCUUGCAGUCAGUCCGCUGUUUGCAAAUAUUGCGUGGGCUCGGCGCGCUGCGGGCUGCGGGAGGGUCCGGACCCGGCGUCCGAUUGCAGCGCCAUCCAGUUUGCAUGAAACUUUCACCUGCGCUCCCGGGGACAGUUUCUGCUCCGACUGCUGAUCGCUCUCCUCCCUGUUUUCCCGACAGCGGGGACUGUCUUUUCCAACCCGACAUGGAUGUGCUCCCAAUGUGUAGCAUCUUCCAGGAACUACAGAUUGUGCACGAAACGGGCUACUUCUCGGCUCUGCCGUCCCUGGAGGAAUAUUGGCAACAGACCUGCCUGGAGUUGGAACGCUAUCUUCAGAGUGAGCCCUGCUAUGUGUCAGCCUCUGAGAUAAAAUUUGACAGCCAGGAAGAUCUGUGGACCAAAAUCAUUCUAGCUCGGGAGAAGAAGGAGGACUCAGAACUGAAGAUUUCUUCCAGUCCCCCAGAAGACUCUCUGAUCAGCCCCAGCUUUAAUUAUAACUUAGAGACCAACAGCCUGAACUCUGACGUCAGCAGCGAGUCUUCAGACAGUUCUGAGGAACUUUCACCCACGACCAAAUUUACCUCUGAUCCCAUCGGUGAAGUCUUAGUCAGUUCAGGAAACCUGAGCUCCUCCGUCAUCUCCACACCUCCUUCUUCUCCAGAAGUGAACAGGGAAUCUUCUCAACUAUGGGGCUGUGGACCAGGAGACCUACCCUCACCAGGGAAGGUUCGCAGUGGGACGUCAGGGAAGUCUGGUGACAAGGGUAGUGGCGACGCCUCCCCGGAUGGCAGGAGGAGGGUACAUCGAUGCCACUUUAACGGCUGCAGGAAAGUUUACACUAAAAGCUCCCACUUGAAAGCACAUCAGCGCACUCACACAGGAGAAAAGCCUUACAGAUGCUCAUGGGAAGGUUGUGAGUGGCGUUUUGCAAGAAGUGAUGAAUUAACCAGACACUUCCGGAAGCAUACCGGUGCCAAGCCUUUUAAAUGCUCUCACUGUGACAGGUGUUUCUCCAGGUCUGACCACCUGGCCCUGCACAUGAAGAGGCACCUCUGAGGGAGCAGAGGAUGAAUCCUGUAGGCUAAAAGAGGCUUCCAGGCUGAGAGGCGGCCAUGGAAGGAGGGAUGCCUGUUCCAGCCAAAGCAUGCCAUUUUGCUUCCUGCCCAGUUACCUCCAGGGGCCUCUCUUUGGAAGGUCUUUUGAGGGCUACAAAAGUCGUGUCAGAAGCGGCAUAGCACCCACGCACGGUGCAUGGUGUUUGGGUGACCCUGGACUCGCCUCGCCACUGGUUCCUAACCUUCUGAGAGGCUCCCGAGCCUUCUGCCGUGAGCAUGCGCACUGAGAAUGUUAAUGGGUGGGAGGACUGUAUGUUGAGGAUCUAUUACUGACUGUAUGGUGAGGCAGACUUUUUUUUUCCCCCCUUGUGGUAGCAAAUAACUGCAAGAGACAGAAAAAAAGCAGUUUGAAUGUUUUGUGUGUGAGGAGUAUACCAAGGAAUGAGUUUACCACCAAUCAUUUCCUGAAGGGUGUCUGCACCUUAAAAAAUAAAUAAAUAAAUAAAUAAAAACAAAAAUUAAAAAAAAUUAAAAAUUAAAAAAAAAAAAGAAAAAAAAAGGAAAAACUUGGAGGGUGGGAGUGGGAACUCAGGACCCCAUAGUGGUGAGUGUGAAGGGCAAGGGUAGCACCUUUGCCCUUGCCGUGUGAAAGGGCCUUCUGGUGUCUGGUGCAGCUCUGGAAUGUGCAGUGUGUCAAGUAGCUUGUUGUACUGGCUACGCGGAGCUCAUUUGUAACCCAUUGUAUAAGCUGUAUUUACAAAUAACAGUGGUCAUUUCCCCUUAAAAUACAAAAAAGUCGUGCAUGGUCUGGGGGAGCUAUAUAUGUUUCCAUGUUUAAAUUGGGUCUCCAAUCUUGAUUCCAACUAAUAAGCAGCUAUAUCAGAUUCAGUUUGUUUAAAAAUAAUGAUUCCUUAAGCCAUUUAGGCCUGGCAAGACACGACCCCCGGAUCCUUCUGUUUUGUAACACUCCCUGUACAACCUGGUAUUGUGCAGUGUAGGGUCGUAUUUUCAAUGACUCAGAGUUUGAAUUUCCUUUUUGGAGAAUCUUAAGGUGCCCUUUGAAGAAAUUGGACAUGUGUCAAAUGUCUAAAUGCCUGGGCCUGGAAAUUACUGGUCUAAUGUCACAUUAGGCUAAGAACAUACACUUUUUUUCUCAGUCGGGUGGAUCAAACCACUAAGCUUAGAAACCGUUUUUCUCAUGCAGCUAUGUCUCUCUUAUUUAUGCCUUGAGGACUAAUUCUGGUUUUCUAGCUGUUAAUGCACUGUUGACCUUCAUAAUGGUGCCUUAUGCAACUGGCCCUUUUGUGGGGUCAAAUACAGGGGAAUGGGUGAUGCAUGCUUAAUUAAGGCUCUUUUUUCACCUGGCAUUGUACUGUAUCCAUGUAUAAUACGGAAAACAGAAAAAAAAACAAAAAACAAAACAAAACGAAAAACAACAACAACAAAAAAACCACCUCUUUAAGAUCCUCCACAAUGACAAAUAGGUGAAAACUCCUUGGACAUGUCAACAUGUGUUCCUUUCCAACAACUUGACUGUCAGUGUUAACACGGGAAAAAAAAAUAGACGUGAUAAUUGAAAACUAAUUCUGCUACCAUGAGACUCUUUUAGAGACCUUGCACAAUUGUACAGAUCACACACACCGGCUGUAUUUAUUAUGUAACACUUUCACACAUAUUAAAGAUACAGAAGUAUAAAAAAAAUGUCAAUAUUUUGCUCAAAAGGCACAAGUUUUGAGUACCUGUCUAGCUCUCUGUUGGUAAUACUGAAAGUGUACUGCUUUUUUUCUUUUUUUGAAGAAAAAGUGGAU